UCUCCGCCUUCACGCAUCUGUCAGCUCUGCACACUUUUUAGUCAGGUGCAGUUUUAUCCACAAUGUCCUCUGUUGAAGAAAUUUCCAACUCCGUGACGGAAAAUCUGGAGGAGGAUGGAGUUGAAAAUGUCAAUUCAGUAGAGGACGCGGAGAUGGAGUACGAGGAGCCCGUUAAAGGAGGUUAUAUCUUCUACAGAGACAGAAAAGAGUGGGCCGAUCUGGAGCCUGUUCCUCAAGAUGACGGACCAAACCCUGUGGUGAAGAUCGCUUAUUCAGAGAAGUUCACAGACGUGUUUGACAUGUUCAGAGCGCUCCUGAAGAAUGAUGAGAAGAGCGAGAGAGCAUUUGCAUUGACCGCUGAAGCCAUCGACCUCAACGCCGCUAAUUAUACAGUAUGGCACUACAGGAGAGUUUUACUGCAGGCUCUAAAAAAAGACCUGAGAGAGGAGAUGAAUUACAUCACAGCCAUCAUAGAAGAUCAGCCCAAGAACUACCAAGUCUGGCAUCACAGGCGGAUGGUGGUGGAGUGGCUGAGCGACCCAGCGGAUGAGCUGCUGUUUGUAGCAGAAAUCCUCAGUCAAGAUGCCAAGAACUACCACGCGUGGCAGCACAGACAAUGGGUCAUCCAGGAAUACAAGCUGUGGGAUGGAGAGCUGGAGUAUGUGGAGGAACUGUUGGAGGAGGACGUGAGGAAUAACUCCGCCUGGAAUCAGAGACACUUUGUCAUCAGUCACACCAGCGGAUACUCCGACCCAGGCAUCCUCCAAAGAGAAGUGCAGUACACCCUUAAACAAAUAAAGAAAGCUCCUCACAACGAGAGCGCUUGGAACUAUUUAAAAGGGAUCCUGCAGGAUGGUGGUCUAUCCUCUUAUCCAGGGCUGUUAGAGCAGGUAAUGGAGCUCCAGGACACUUGCAGUUCUCCAUAUCUCACCGCAUUCUUGGUGGAUCUUUAUGAAGAUGCUCUGGAAAGCAACAACUCCAGCCACAACCAGCAAGAGACACUCAGCAAGGCCUUAGAGCUUUGUAAGCUCCUGGCAGAGGAUUUGGACACCAUUAGAAGGGAAUACUGGAACUAUGUGUCCCGCUCUCUCCAGAACACGUAUGGCUCAGGUGACCCCAUCCCAUCCUCUUCUGACCCUCCUCCUGCUGCCCCCCAGCAGCCUGACACGGAGCCAAGUGACCCCUGAGGAGAAGAGCAGACCUCCACACAUGGUUAGAGGAGCAGACAGAAACACUUGAUAGACUCUUUAUCCGUGUAUGAGUGUGUGUACACAGCCAGGCUUUAACAGCAGCGCUUGUAAAAAUCGAAGAACAACCUAAAAACUCAAAGUAGCCAUAUGCUUAAAAGCUCUCAGAGUGAACCAUACACUUCCAUUAAGGCGAAUGAAAUGGAUUGUGGGAGUUUUACAGUAAAUCAUAGCAGUCAUACUUGUGUUUUAGACUACGUUUGUAUUUUCAGAGGUCGAUUUAUCAAAACAAAUGCAUAACCGACAUGUUUCCGGUGUAGUCCGAAACUUCUCUUGCCAAACGCAUCUUCUGGUUUGUGCUUUUUUUUUUGUAUGUUCAGAAAUAAUAACAAUGCUGAAGCUCAA